AUGCUCCUGCCGGGACCCUCGCGCCCGCCGCCCGCGCCCCAGUCCGCGCAGCAUCCCGGCCUCCUCCGCAGGCAGGUAGAGCCUCCCGGGCAGCUCCUGUGCUUGCUCUACUGCACCGUCCUGGUGUGUUCCAAAGAGAUCGCCGCGCUCACAGACUUCUCCGGCUACUUAACCAAACUCCUGCAAAACCACACCGCCUAUGCCUGUGAUGGGGACCACUUGAACCUACAGUGUCCUCGGCAUUCUACGAUAAGUGUCCAAUCGGCAUUUUAUGGGCAAGAUUACCAAACGUGUAGUUCUCAGCAGCCUGCCUCCCAGAGGGAAGACAGCUUAGCCUGUGUGGCACCUACCACCUUACAGAAGGUGCUGGACGAGUGCCAGAACCAGCGGGCCUGCCACCUCCUGGUCAAUAGCCGUGUCUUUGGACCUGACCUUUGUCCAGGAAGCAGUAAAUACCUCCUGGUCUCCUUUAAAUGUCAACCUAAUGAGUUAAAAAACAAAACUGUGUGUGAAGACCAGGAGCUGAAAUUGCACUGUCACGAGUCCAAGUUUCUCAACAUCUACUCCGCAACCUAUGGCAGGAGGACCCAGGAAAGGGGCAUGUGCCCCUCAGCAGCAGAGCGACUGCCCCCCUUUGACUGCUUGUCUUACUCAGCUUUACAAGUCCUCUCCAGAAGGUGCUAUGGGAAGCAGAGGUGCAAAGUUAUGGUCAACAAUUAUCAUUUCGGAAGCCCCUGUCUUCCAGGAGUGAAAAAAUACCUCACUGUUACCUAUGCAUGUGUUCCCAAGAACAUACUCACAGCGAUUGAUCCAGCCGUUGCUAAUCUAAAGCCUUCUUUGAAGAAAGAUGGUGACUAUGGUAUAAAUUUUGACCCAAGUGAGUCGAGGGUGGUGCAUAAAGAUGGAGUUAUUGUUAGCAACUCUCUGGCUGCGUUUGCUUACAUUAGAGCCCACCCUGAGAGAGCUGCCCUGCUGUUCGUGUCCAGUGUCUGCAUCGGUCUGGCCCUCACCCUGUGUGCCCUAGUCGUCAGAGUGUCCUGCGCCAAGGAUUUUCAGGAGCUGCAGCUGGGGAGGGAGCACCUGGUGCUAGGAAGUGACAGAGCUGAGGAGGACAGUGGGGAGGAAGAGGAGGAGGUGGAGGAGGACUCCUCCGGCUCAGAGUUUCCCGGGGAACUGUCGCGGUUUUGCAGGACUUCCUACCCAGCCUACAGUUCCAUAGAGGCCGCGGAGUUGGCCGAAAGGAUUGAGCGCAGGGAGCAGAUCAUUCAAGAAAUAUGGAUGAACAGUGGUCUGGACACCUCUCUACCAAGAAGCAUGAGCCAGUUCUACUGAGAACCAGAUGCAUCCGGAUGGAGUCACACUUUCUGAAGGGGAGAGGAUCCACCAGGCCCCUCUGGUUCCGUUUCAUGUGUACCUUCUAUGAAGGAGAAUUCAUCCUGUCAUCCACUACUGCUGAACCCAGAAAGCUGUCAAAGGGACACUUCAAACUGUUUACAGCACAUCCUGAAAUAAAUGAGGAGGGAAGGUGA